CAACAAAGUUUGAGUCUGCGGGUCGCGCUCGCCUGCCAGCCGCGCCCCGCACCCCUCCGAGCCUCCCCGGGACCCAGCGCGCAGCUGUGAGCUCAACCGAUGAGUCAGAGCCGUGCAAUCCUGACACUGCAUCGCAGGACUGGGGGUGACACGAAGGGAGGGCGAGCGCUCGCGAGGCGGACAGCACGGGCGCCGAGGCUCCUGCGCCGCGAGCGGGGGCUGACAGCCCGCGCGUCCCGCCCGGCCCUGCCAGCAAACUUCCCAGCCUCGGGAGGCGCGGGCUGGCGGAAGCUCCGUGAGCGCCGCGGGGAGGCGACGGCUCCUGUUUGUUUUUAAAAUCGGGGAGUGCGUGCAGGCGGCUGGAGUCCCGGAGGCGACCGAAGGCGGCGGCCCACGGCGGAAGGGGGCAGCCGAGGCCGAAGCUCGGGCAGGAGCGGGGUCCAGGACACUGUGGAGUAUCAUGAACUAGGACGAGUAGACAGCCCAAGAACCCUCCAGAAGAGGAAGGGAGAGCCGGCCGUUCCUUCCCUGUGCUGACCACGUUGUCCAGCUUCUGCCUCCUCUGCCCCUGCUCUGCCCUCACUGGCCCCUGAGCUGCCGGGCUUCCAGUAGGGCCUCUCCCCAGGGAAUGGAGAGCUGGUGAAGCAGGUCUGACUGCCGCACACCAUGAACUUCCAGGCCCAGCCCAAGGCUCAGAGCAAGCGGAAGCGUUGUCUCUUUGGGGACCAGGAAUCAGCUCCCAAGGAGCAGCCCCCAGCCCUGCAGGCCCCCCAGCAGUCUGUCAGAGUGAAGGAGGAGCAAUACGUGGGGCACGAGUGUCCGGCAGGGGCUGCCUCCACCUCUCAGCCUGUGGAACUGCCCCCUCCCAACAGCCUGGCCCUGCUGAACUCUGUGGUGUAUGGGCCGGAGCGAACCACAGCAGCCAUGUUGUCCCAGCAGGUGGGCUCAGUCAAGUGGCCUAACUCUGUAAUGGCUCCUGGGCGGGGCCUGGAGCGUGGAGGAGGUGGGGGUGUCAGUGACAGUGGCUGGCAGCAGCAGCCAGGCCAGCCUCCACCUCACUCAACGUGGAACCGCCACAACCUGUCCCUCUACAGUGGACCCAAGGGGAGCCCUCAUCCUGGUGUGGGGGUCUCUACCUACUAUAACCACCCUGAGGCACUGAAGCGGGAGAAGGCAGGGGGCCCGCAGCUGGACCGCUAUGGAAACGCAGUGCACCCGGUGAUGGCACAGAAGGUGCAGCUGGAGGUAGGGCGGCCACAGGCGCCCCUGAACUCUUUCCACACAUCCAAGAAACCCCCAAACCAGACGCUGCCUCUGCAACCCUUCCAGCUGGCAUUUGGCCACCAGGUGAAUCGGCAGGUGUUCCGGCAGGGCCCACCGCCCCCAAACCCCGUCACCGCCUUCCCCCCACAGAAGCAGCAGCAGCAGCAGCAGGCAGCCCUACCCCAGAUGCAACUUUUUGAGAACUUCUACCCCAUGCAGCAGCAGCCCUCUCAGCAGCCCCAGGACUUUGGCCUGCAGCCGGCCGGGCCACUGGGGCAGUCCCACCUGGCUCAUCAUAGCAUGGCACCCUACCCCUUCCCCCCCAACCCUGAUUUGAACCCAGAACUGCGCAAGGCCCUCCUGCAGGAGUCAGCCCCGCAGCCUGUGCUACCUCAGGCCCAGAUCCCCUUCCCCCGCCGUUCCCGCCGCCUCUCUAAGGAGGGUAUCCUGCCUCCCACCACCCUGGAUGGGGCUGGCACCCAACCUGGGCAGGAGCCCACGGGCAAUCUAUUUCUGCAUCACUGGUCCCUGCAGCAGCCGCUGCCUGGCUCCCUGGGGCAGCCCCAUCCUGAAGCUCUAGGUUUCCCCCUGGAGCUGAGAGAGUCACAGCUCCUGCCUGAUGGGGAGAGACUGGCACCCAAUGGUCGGGAGCGGGAGGCUCCCUCCAUGGGCAAUGAGGACGGCAUGAGGGCAGUGGGUACAGGGGACUGUGGGCAGGUGCUACGGGGUGGGGUGAUCCAGAGCACACGACGGAGACGCCGGGCAUCCCAGGAGGCCAAUUUGCUGACCCUGGCCCAGAAGGCAGUGGAGCUGGCCUCGCUGCAGAACGCAAAGGAUGCCAACGGCUCUGAGGAGAAGCGGAAAAGUGUAUUGGCCUCAACUACCAAGUGUGGGGUGGAGUUUUCUGAGCCUUCCUUAGCUGCCAAGCGAGCACGAGAGGACAGCGGGAUGGUACCCCUCAUCAUCCCAGUGUCUGUGCCUGUGAGGACUGUGGACCCAACUGAGGCAGCCCAAGCUGGAGGUGUCGAUGAGGAUGGGAAGGGUCCUGAACAGAACCCCACUGAGCACAAGCCAUCGGUCAUUGUCACCCGCAGACGGUCCACCCGUUUCCCUGGGACAGAUGCUCCAGCUCAGGCUGAGGACAUGAAUGUCAAGUUGGAGGGGGAGGCUUCUGUGCGGAAACCAAAGCAGCGGCCACGGCCUGAGCCUCUGAUCAUCCCCACAAAAGCAGGCACCUUCAUCGCUCCUCCCAUCUACUCCAACAUCACCCCGUACCAGAGCCACCUGCGCUCUCCUGUCCGCCUAGCUGACCACCCCUCUGAGCGGAGCUUUGAGCUGCCCCCCUACACACCACCCCCCAUCCUUAGCCCCGUGCGAGAAGGCUCCGGCCUCUACUUCAAUGCCAUCAUAUCAACCAGCAGCAUCCCAGCCCCUCCUCCCAUCACGCCAAAGAGCGCCCAUCGCACCCUGCUGCGCUCUAACAGCGCUGAAGUCACCCCGCCUGUCCUCUCUGUGAUGGGGGAGGCCACCCCAGUGAGCAUUGAGCCACGGAUCAACGUGGGCUCCCGGUUCCAAGCGGAAAUCCCCUCAAUGAGGGAUCGUGCCUUGGCAGCUGCAGACCCCCACAAGGCUGAUUUGGUGUGGCAGCCAUGGGAGGACCUAGAGAGCAGCCGGGAGAAGCAGAGGCAAGUGGAAGACCUGCUGACAGCUGCCUGCUCCAGCAUUUUCCCUGGCGCUGGCACCAACCAGGAGCUGGCCCUGCACUGUUUGCACGAGUCCAGGGGAGACAUCCUGGAGACGCUGAAUAAGCUGCUACUGAAGACGCCCCUGCGGCCCUACAACCACCCACUGGCGACUUAUCACUACACAGGCUCCGACCAGUGGAAAAUGGCUGAGAGGAAGCUGUUCAACAAGGGCAUUGCCAUCUACAAGAAGGAUUUCUUCCUAGUACAGAAGCUGAUCCAGACCAAGACUGUGGCCCAGUGUGUGGAGUUCUAUUACACCUACAAGAAGCAGGUGAAAAUUGGCCGCAACGGGACUCUAACCUUUGGGGAUGUGGAUACAAGCGACGAGAAGUCGGCCCAGGAAGAGGUUGAAGUGGAUAUCAAGACUUCCCAGAAGUUCCCAAGGGUGCCUCCUCCCAGAAGAGAGUCCCCAAGUGAAGAGAGGCUGGAGCCCAAGAGGGAGGUGAAGGAGCCCAGGAAGGAGGGGGAGGAGGAGGUGCCAGAAACCCAGGAGAAGGGGGAGCAGGAAGAGGGGCGAGAGCGCAGCCGGCGGGCAGCGGCCGUCAAAGCCACACAGACACUACAGGCCAAUGAGUCGGCCAAUGACAUCCUCAUCCUCCGGAGCCACGAGUCCAACGCCCCGGGGUCUGCCGGUGGCCAGGCCUCAGAGAAGCCAAGGGAGGGGGCAGGCAAGUCACGAAGGGCACUACCUUUUUCGGAGAAGAAGAAACCAGAGACCUUUAAUAAGACCCAGAAUCAAGAGAACACAUUCCCUUGUAAAAAAUGUGGCAGGGUGUUUUACAAGGUGAAGAGCCGCAGCGCGCACAUGAAGAGCCACGCGGAGCAGGAGAAGAAGGCGGCGGCGCUGAAGCAGAAGGAGAAGGAGGCCGCGGCCGCCGCCGCAGCCGCCGCCCCGCACCAGCAGGCUGUGCGGGAGGAGGGCGGCGCGGGCGAGAAGGGCUGAGUGCGCCGGUGGCCGCGGCCCUCCUGGCCGCCGAGCGUCCGCAGACACCUGCAACCCCAAGAGCGAGGAGGAGGAGAGAAUCGCAGACUUUUCUCUGCGAAGCAAACAAGGCAGUGAAAUAAACGGCUCUUUUACUUAGAAAGGCCUCGGGAACGGCGUUAGGGGCUGCACGAUCCAGUUCUCUUUGCAGUGGGUCUGUCUGUCGGAAGGUGUCCUCAUGCCCUCCUGGAUCUGUGAGAGGCCUGGUCCCCUCCGGAGGCACUGGCUCCGCGCCGCGCCGCUCGCCUCACACUCCCGUCUCUGCUGCCGCCUCUGCUGCCGCGCAGUCUCUUCCCGCCUCUUCGCCUCCCCCUCCUCCCCUGAGUCUCCAGGAGACCACCAUGAGAGCCAAGCACAAGCUCACAACCUUCGCAGCAUUGUUCCCUCUCCAGAGGACCUCGAAGGCUGCACAGGCCCUGCCCCAAGCCCCAGAGAAAGGGACUUCCUUGGAGGGAGAGGGGUGGCUCUGAGAGGGGACUUAGCUUGACGCCUGUGCUGCCCCUGCACAGCUGUCCUCAGAGAGGCUACCUCCUCCCUGGGACGGAGGCCGAGGACAGGUACUAUCCCUUUGCUGCUUGCUAGCAGCCCUGCUGGGCCUGGAAAGGUUUCUCGAACAUUUGUGGAAGGGAAAGGAACUGUACAGAGGCUGGUUGCUGCAGGACUAGGCCUGAGGGAGCUUUCGACAAGCCUGGCUCUUUCUGCUUCCCACCUUUUUGCCAAAUACCUUUGGGCCCUGGAUGCUGCUACGGAAACAGCCUCAAGCAGGUCCUGGAGAGGCCCAGCCUGCUCCUCCUUGGUGCCAACUCCCUGCUUGCUGCUGUCCUGCCCUCAGCAGCUGCCACCUAAACCCACUGCACCCCACCCCAUCUAAUAUUAAUGUCCACAGCCCAGCCCACAGUCUUGCACGCAGGAGAUUUCUGGAUCCUUCCCUGGGAGGGGGAGGUCUCCUAACUAGAUUGGACAGGAGCCUUCAUUCUUUGACUCGUGUCAUUUGGGAGCUAUUUAUUUAUUCUUAAUAUUUAAUUUUUAACAUCCUCUCAGGGACCAGGGGCCUCCUGCUUUCCAGAGGCCCAAGUGCAUUUAUCCCAAAACAAGGCACCUUGACAACCCCAGCCCCCACCCCACCCCAAUCCCCAAGGCCCUAGGGUCCCUCACCUGUUUGCUAUGGAAGCUCUUGCCAAUAGGAACGAUAGUAGCACUGAAAGAGGGUGGAAAGGUCGAGGGUGACACUAGAAGCCACACAGAACAGCAGGAGGGAGGGAAGGCAGUUCUUAUUGCUACCCCUUCUCCAGCUGUACUUUGAAAUUGCGGAGGGAAUUGGCAGGAGGCCAGAAUUCUAGUUUUGUUUAUCAGGCCUGGAUUCUGGCUUGAAGAAGCCAUAUUUGGCUUGGAGUCACUGAAGUGAAUGGGCCAGAAGGUUGUGGAGGCCCCUUCACUUGUCAGUCCCAUGGAGGGCUGAGUUAUUUUUCUGAUCUUAUUUCUCAACUUUAAUUGUGCAAAAGAAGUUAUAAAUGAAUGCAUAUAUGACAUGUCAACAUGUUAGAAAGGAGCCAAAAAGUAUUCAUUCUGCUACUCCUUAUGAGAUAGCCUAAAGGCAUCAUGUCAGUAACUGGGAGUGGAGAGGGAGUUUUGUUCUUAAACUAUGCACUAUCAGGUAUUUUUCAACAUUCAUUUAUGCAUUAAUAUGGUUCUAGAGGACCCCUGCUAUUGGAGUAACAAAAUUCUCCCUCCUGACUCCUGGGCUGCUACAUAGAUUUCCAACUUUCCAGCUAGUUUCCUUCAUAGGCUUCUACAAACUCAGUGUCCCGAGAUUGCAAAAAUCUGAUGUACCCUCUAGAAGCAGGAGGGUAGCAAAUGUAGGCUCUCUUCUAAAUCACUUUUGUAAUAUGAGUGCCUUCACUGCUUAGCCCCAAAGUGCUACUUACGUUUCCCAAGAUUUUUUCUAUUUCAACUGUAUUGGUUUCAGGCCCCUUUAUGGACAUGCAGUAACAAACUUCUUUCAGUCACCUGAGACCUUUCUGUUCAGUGGUAACACCCAGUACUUAGAAAUCUUUUUUGAUGAGAAAGUGAUUCUACUCUUAGGGGCACAGAGGCCAGACCAGGUGAAUGUAGCUGGGGAAAAUCAAGAUGGUACCUCUGUGUUAAUCCUACCAAACACCGUAUUUGGGGAGGGUCCAUGCUCCAGGAGGCAUUUAUAUCUAGAAUGCAACGUGAAAAUUAAAAUGUUUAGAGGGCAGAUGCAAUUGUGGCAAGUGACCUGCCAAUAAAGUAGGUGCAGCCAUAGAAGCUGGCAUAGGUAUAAUGGUGCUUUCUCCCUAUGAACACAUUAGGCUUGUGUUUUGUGGUUUCCUUCUAUUCAGAGCUCUUUGCUUUAAGAAGUUAAAUGACAAACACCUCCAGCUUUACAAUGUCCUCCCUGUACCAUCUCACCAUAUCCAUCUCCCAGCGUCCAUCUGCAUUCAGCUAAGGGUAUGAAACUGACCUAGUGCCUGUGUUCCAGACCAUUUCUGAGGUCUCUUACCCAUCCAAGGAGACAGUGCUGUCAUUACUGUCCUCCAUGCCUUCAGCAGCCACCUUCACAGCUAAAGUACACAUCUGUCCCUUCUGCCACCCCAACUCCACCCCUGGCACAGAGGUCUUGUGCUGCUUAUCUCUAAAGGGAUCGCCUAUAUUUAACUGCCUCAGUGACCUAACCUCUUUCUUCUCAUGUGCCAGAUGUUAAGAUGAAGGAGGAAUAUAACACAUACUCAAGCCUCAGUUGUUUAAAUGUAUUUUUACUGGGGCUUACUUUUCUGGGAUGGUAUUUAUUAACAGACUGGCAAGCCUAACUCCUUAGGUUUACAGGAAGUAUGCAUAUUUUUAUAAAAAAUGUUCUCACAUUUUGCUGUGUUGACAUUUGCCUCUAACAAACAAUUUGCAGCUGUUUCACCUUUUCCUCAUUCGUGUCUAAGUUGAAGGCCUUGGUGGAGGGGACAGAGCACAGGAACAGCCUUGACAGUCUGUAAAUAUUGUACAAAUAUUUUAAUAGCAUAAAUAACUAUAUUCCUUUUAUUUUGAAACAAAAAUGAUCAGACACUGCCUUUUGUGUGUUUGCUGCCUGUGGCACCCUUUUUUAAAAAGACUGUUACAUAUUAAAAUAGUGUACAUAUAUAUAAAUAUUACCUCUUUUGCUGUACAGUUGUGAUAGACCAGACUGAAGAUUUUAUUUUUUGUGUGCUUUUUAUAAAAAAUAAUUAAUACACUAAAGAGAAUCUUGCUGAUGUGAUUGU